GAAAACUCCGGCCAGAAGCGCAGGUAAAAAGGAAAAGAAAAAUCCAAAUAAAACCACGCCGAGCGAGGAAGAAGGAGAAGGAAAAAGAGGAAGAAGAAAUCAGAAACGGAAAAAGAAGAAGAGGAGGAAAAGGAAUGGGCGUGGAUUACUACAAGGUUCUCCAGGUAGACCGGAACGCCAAGGACGAUGACCUGAAAAAAGCAUAUCGAAAGCUCGCCAUGAAAUGGCACCCGGACAAAAACCCUAAUAACAAGAAAGACGCCGAAGCCAAAUUCAAGCAAAUCUCCGAAGCCUACGAUGUUUUGAGUGAUCCGCAAAAGCGAGCAGUGUACGAUCAGUACGGGGAGGAGGGGUUGAAGGGGCAGGUGCCACCGCCAGGUGCCGGUGGGUUCCCCAGUGGGCACGAGGGCGGACCGACGUCGUUCCGGUUCUCCACGAGGAGUCCGGACGAUAUCUUCUCGGAGCUAUUCGGGUUCUCGGGCUUCGGGGGGAUGGGCGAUUUCGGUGGCGGCGGCUCCCGGGCUGGCGCGUCCGGGUUCCCCAGGGGCAUGUUCGGCGACGAUAUAUUCGCGUCGUUCAGAGGCGGAGGUGGCGAGGGCUCCGGCAACCCCCUGAGGAAAAGCGCGGCGAUAGAGCGCACGUUGCCGUGUAGUUUGGAGGAUUUGUACAAAGGGACUACGAAGAAGAUGAAGAUUUCAAGGGAUGUCCCCGAUUCCACUGGGAGAUCUAACACAGUGGAGGAAAUUCUUACGAUUGAGAUCAAGCCAGGUUGGAAGAAGGGGACAAAAAUCACCUUCCCAGAGAAAGGAAAUGAACAGCGAGGAGUCAUACCCGCAGACCUCAUCUUUAUUAUUGAUGAGAAGCCUCAUAGUGUCUUCAAGAGGGAUGGCAAUGAUCUAAUCGUCACCCAGAAGAUAUCUCUUGUGGAAGCCUUGACUGGUUAUACGGCACAGCUGACAACCCUUGACGGGCGGAAUCUGACAGUUCCCAUCAACUCCAUCAUCAGUCCCACUUACGAAGAAGUUAUUAAAGGAGAAGGAAUGCCAAUCCCCAAGGAACCUUCCAGAAAGGGGAAUUUGAGAGUCAAAUUUAAUAUCAAGUUCCCUACCAGGCUUACUUCAGAGCAGAAAACCGGCAUCAAGCGAUUAUUAACAUCUCCAUAACCACCGGCGAUAGCUCUCCCUACCAUAUUCCAAACUUGUGUAAACUUACAUUUGUUUUCCCUGCUGGUUUUCAUCCUGGGAAGAAAGUUUAUGCUUUUGCUGAACUGAGGAUUCCACAAAAACAAUUAUUUAGGAGUUUAAAUUAUUUAUGAUCUUUUCUUUUUCCAA